AGCCUUUGAACUGUUCCGUUGUGGAUUAUCGCCAUCGGGUGUUAUGGAGAGAACGUGCGCUUCUUGUGAGUACUUACUGGACGAAGGGGAUUCACAUGACCGUUGUUUUACCUGUCUGGGACCGCGUCAUGUGUCGGAGUUCGACACAUGUAUCGCAUGCGCCGACCUUCCUGCUGGGGAACGGCGGAGAAGGGAGGCCCUCCGCUCGUGGUUCGACGGCCUGGUCGAGAAGGCCACGCCGCCCGAGCCCGCGGCGCCGCAGCCACCGACCAACGGUAAGGUCAGGCGGCCGCAGAUGAAGCCUUGGGACGAGUACGAUGAGAGCGACGAGGUCCGGGUCUUCGUGGAGGAGGACCCGGAGCUUCUGUUCGUCGACGACGUCCCCGCGCCAGCUCAGGACUUGGUCCUGCGGCAGGGCCCGAGUGAGGAUGUAGGGGAGGAAGCGGCCGCUCCUCCACCACGACGUUUCCCACUCGACGAUAUGCCAGAGCUCUUCGCGUCGGCGAUGGAGCGGUUGGGAUUAAAACCCCCGCAGGAGCCAGAGCCCCCUGCGGAAGAAGACUUGACUCGGUGCACGAGCUCAAAUCUAAGCCAGGGAGGAGGCCGUCAACAACGUGCCCGAAGAUUCCGUCAUUGUGGGGAUUCUUAAAGACGGACAUGGAGGCCCCCGGCGACCGUCACGGUCGCUUACGAACCGUAUGCGAAGGUGGAUGGCGUCGACUGGAGGAAAGGCCUCCCACCGCUGGGCGACACGCUGGCCUUUGCCUGGCGCCAACCACUUCGCCGUGGGCGACGGGGAAGCAGGUCCUCCCGGACGAGCAUUCCCGCUAUAUUUAUGCCCUGGUGGACAGGGCAUACAAUUGUGCGACCCAAGUCAUGGCGUUGGCCAACAAUAUGUCUCUUCUGGCCUGCUCCAUGGACAGGAUGCUCUAUGGCAAGGAGGACCUGACCCCAGAGGAGCUACACGAGGCCCAAGUGUCCAUGGGGGCCUUCUUACAGAUGGCGCAGGCCUUCAUCAAGGCCGGAGGCCGGACCCAAGCGCUGAUGCAAAUGACAGCGCGAAGCAUGUGGCUUGGCCUUUCGGGACUGGGGAACAAAGAGAGACGCGUCCUCGCUGCUGUCCCCAUUUCUGAGGACACGCUGUUUGGUGAGGGGAUUAAUGACCACGUGGAGAAGUUGGAGAGUUCCCACAAGUAUGCUCUGCCUGGUGAUUCAGGUACUGUUGAUGGUACUGUGUCAUUGUGUGGUGAUGCGUCACGAGGUUCCGCGGUUCUGGCUUCGCUGAGGCCUUUUCGACGCGUUCUCCAAGUAGGAGUUACGACGCCGCCAUCUUCACGAACCGCUGAGUCCGAGGUGUGUGAGAAGACGGUCGGCCAUUUUGUGCGCCCUCCAGUGGACGAGGGCGGCUCACAUGGGAGGUUCGCCUUUAAUGUUUCUCCAUCAGCCAAGUCCACGCACGGGGCUGAAUAUGGUACGUCGCGUGGCCAUUUUGGGGACGCCUGGAGACUACAGACCCCAAAGUGCGCCGCGCCUACUCAAGCUGACCUUUCUUUGCUGUCUGGCAUGCAGCCCUUUCGGGGGAGCCCCCUCACCACGGAAGUCAGACGUGGGGGGGCCAACGUGUCUGCAGCUGGGCGUUCCUCCGCUGACUCAGUUUUACACGGAGUGGGUCAGAAUGUGUGGACCUCUCGCGCCAUGGUUCGACAGGACGUUAAGGAGAGGUUAUGCUCUCCAGUUCUGCCGACAACCACCUCGGUUCCAGGGGAUCCGGUCAUCGACACCCCGCACGAUGCAGGAGAGAGAGUGUCUCGACCAGGAGGUCUCGACUUUAUUGGAAAAAGGGGCGGUGUCGAGAGUGCAUCACGAAGACAGGGAGAGGGGUUUUUUCUCCCCGUAUUUCCUGGUGCCAAAGAAGUCCGGGGGGCUGAGACCCAUCUUGGAGCGUGUGAGAGCCUGCGAUGUCAUGUCGCUACUGGGACUCAUGUCAGCAGCGCACCCAGUAGUGAAACUGGGGCUGUUACAUAUGAGAAGAAUGCAGAGAUGGUUCAGCCGCUUGAAGCUGGACCCGGUGAAGGACAAGAAUUGCCGACUGGUGCUGUCCGGCCAGGCGCGUCGGGAUCUGGUGUUCUGGGACUCUCGGGCACGUCUGAUGGGGGGCAUGCCGGUUGGUUGUGUUCCGCGAUAUCUUCACGUGUUCACGAGUUGAUGGCGGUGGAACUAGUACUUCACCACUUUGCUCCUUUCAUCGAGGGGCACCAUGUAUGAUAAGGUCGGACAAAUCCACUGCUGUGGCCUCCCUGAACAGACAGGGGGGUGUCAGGUCACCCGCUCUCCACAAGGUGGCCGCAACCAUCUUAGUAUGGGUGGACAGUCAUCUACUGUCACUGAGAGCACGCCACGUCCCGGGGUCACUCAACGUGGGAGCAGACAGGAUGUCGCGAGGGGGCGCCCUGAUGGAGGAGUGGGAGCUGUCUCCUCGACUUAUGACGUCGGUCUGGAACCGAUUCGGAUUACCAGUUGCGGAUCUGUUCGCAACGAAAGCAAAUGCAAAAUGCCCCCUCUGGUUCUCUUUGAGACCGUCGGACUGCCCUCCGCUGGGGGUAGAUGCUCUGGCGCAUCGUCACUGGCCACGGGGGCUCCUGUACGCUUUCCCUCCGUUGAGUCGCAUGAUGCCACUGCUGCAACGGAUAAGAGAUCAGAAACUGACAGUGGUGGUGGUGGCCCCGGAGAGUCCGGGCACCAGGUGGUUCCCCAACCUAGUGGAGCUAGCGGUGGGGGAGCCAUGGCCAGUCCCCAACGUGCCUUGGGCCCUGACACAGGCGGGUGGGACGAUCUUGUCUCGCCCUGUCCUCGGACGUCCACUCAAGGUUUGGUUGCUGAGAGGGUGAGACUGGCUAACCUGGGUUUAUCUGAUUCUGUGGUUUCCACGAUUCAGAGUGCUCGGGCUCCAGGCCACCACCAGAGCGUAUGCUUCAAGGUGGCGGGUCUUCGACGCCUGGUGCAGAGGAAAGGAUCUGGUUGCAGUCUCUUGUCCCUUGUCUGGGGUUCUGGGCUUCCUGCAGGAACUUUUGGACAAGGGCCGUGCAGUCUCUACACUGGGAGUGUUUGCAGCUGCCAUUACUGCGGGCCAUGAAGGUUUUGGUAGGUUUUCAGCCAGGAGUCACCCUGUCGUGAAACGCUUCUUACGUGGUGCUCGCAGGAUCAGACCAGUUGCGAGGACUGUGGUCCCGCGCUGGAGUCUUCAAGUGGUCCUGGAGGGACUGUGCGGCUCAUCUUUUGAGCCUUUGGCCUCUGCUCACAUUGAAAUGGUGUCAUAUAAAACUGCACUUCUUUUGGCCCUGGUUUCUGCUAAAAGAGUUGGGGACUUGGCAGCAUUGUCAAUCAUGCCAACAUGUUUGUCUUUUGGGGCUGAUGGUGAUUCGGUCACCCUCCAACCGAAUCCAUCUUAUAUCCCUAAAGUGAUCACAUCGACUUCCCGGUCGCGGAUCAUCUCUUUGAGAGCUUUCUCACCUCCGCCACAUCAGGAUGAGCAGGCGGCGCGUUUGCACCUGCUCUGUCCAGUGAGGGCCCUGGCGGCUUACCUGGACCGUACCAAGGGGAUACGAAAGUCGGAGAGACUUUUCAGAUGUUUUGGUGGUCAGUCGGCCGGGAGAGCGGUGACCACACAGCGCUUAGCUCAUUGGCUCUGUGCAGCCAUCUCCACAGCAUAUGAGGCCACAGGAGCGGAGCCUCCAGCUGGGUUGAAGGCUCAUUCGACCAGGGCCAUCUCCACGUCGGCUGCCUUGUUCAGAGGUGUUUCGAUGCUGGACAUCUGUGAAGCUGCAUCAUGGUCAUCGGCUUCCACAUUCGCCCGAGCAUAUCUCAGGGAUAUGGCUUCGGGAUCCGUGGCCCAUUCAGUCUUGCAGACGGUUUCAGGGCCAUCUUGAGGUGGGUCACUGGUCGUGCUUGGCUUCUGUUUCGGCUGGUCCUUCGGUUGAGGGCCAUGCUGGGAGGGAACUCAUCCCUACGGGCUUCGCCGAGGUGUUAAACCAAUAGCGAAGCCCGUUAGAGGGCGACGCACGUAUGACAUAGAAAUAAUAGUUACUGAACGUAACUUCAGUUCUAUGAAUACGUGCGGAGCCCUCUAACGGUCUGCCCAGCAGGCCCUGUUCUCCCUGAGUUUCCAAAAGGAGACGAAUGGUGAUGAACAGGGGGAUUUAUGGGGAGAGGUGGAGCCUUCCUGGGUGGAGAGUUAAGCCAAUCAGUUCUCAGGCGCGAGGCGGAGCCUCGGAGUGGUUAAACCAAUAGCGAAGCCCGUUAGAGGGCUCCGCACGUAUUCAUAGAACUGAAGUUACGUUCAGUAACUAUUAUAUCUGUAUGAAGUCCGUCACUAAAUUGGAACAAGGCUUCCUCAGAUGUCACAUGUGCACCAUAUGGGAGCUCAGGGUGCCAGUUGUGACCAAGCUACGUUACCUGAUGUUUGUUUGGACGGUUUCAUUGACUCACUAAUCAGAUUCACAUGACAUCACAGCUGAAGUGUUUAAUUUCAUUGUGACAUAGUUCUGGACUUUCAAAACCAGCUUUUCCUCCAAACCUUCAGCUAAAUGUCUUACAGAUGCUGUAGCGCUGGACUGAGCAGAGAACAAACACAUCACUUUCACACGGUUUACGAGCACCUCUCGGGCUCACACUCACUCUGGAUCUGGGGACGCGAGCCAAAGAUGAUGGACACAAACAGGAACCCCCGACAACUGUGUAGCUGCAAGACAGAUACCCGAAGCUGUUCAGAGCUGCUAAUUGGUGAGAACGUUCCAUGAUGACCGUGUCAAGAUUGCGAUCACGGGUCGAGUUAGCACCGGCUCCGGCAACACUACGAGGAGGCCAUGACUCCUGUUGAGACUCAGCCACGACCAGUGUUGCCACAGUUACUUUGAAAACAAAACAAAGUGAUAUAUUGUCAUUUAUAUAAUAAA